AUGUCCGUUGAUUUUAAUACCCUAGCGCAGCAAUUCACUGAAUUCUACUACAACCAGUUCGACACGGACAGAACACAACUAGGCAAUCUGUACCGUGAGCAGUCAAUGUUGACUUUCGAGACAACGCAGUUGCAAGGCGCCAAGGAUAUCGUGGAGAAACUAGUGUCCUUGCCAUUUUCUAAAGUAGGCCACAGAAUUAGCACUCUGGACGCCCAACCAGCGUCUGCUAAUGGUGACGUUCUAGUCAUGAUCACAGGCGAUUUAUUAAUCGACGAAGAGCAAAACGCACAGAGGUUCUCUCAAGUUUUCCACCUGAUGCCGGAGGGCAACUCGUACUACGUGUUCAACGACAUCUUCCGUUUGAAUUACGCUGCCUGA